ACCACGUUCAUCAGUAGCGUUCAUGAAUUAAAUAUGGACUUGCUGUUGGUGUAAAUAACUGCUUUCGACUUUUUUUCAUAAAAAAAUGAUUAGUUUCAUAUAGUGGCGCUCUUCUAAUUUUACGACAGAAGUCAAGAAGCUACUAUGGACUAUUAGAUUUUUAUAUAAACUUUUAAAUGCUGUGUAUUCUAUUUCCACGAAGUAUACGAUUGUUUGUUUAUGUGCUUAACGAUCCUGAAAUUUUCUAAACCAUUCCAAACUCAAGAAAAUGCGUUUCGUAUCUAAUUCAUUUAAUUCGUCUCUAAAAACAAGAUUUUGUUGAUUGUUUGGUGAAAAAUAAUAAUUAUUCAUAUUGUGUCCAUACCUGUCGCUGAAGUCACACACGCUUCGAGCGAUAAGUAAUAAACGCCUUAAUUUAUAAUUAUAAACAUAUAUAUACACAUAUAUAUAUAUAUAUAUAUAUAUAUAUAUAUAUAUAUUUUUUUUUUUUUACAUAUACAUAUAUGUAUGCAUGUACGUAUGUAUAUAUAAAUAACAAUAUUUGCAUUUAAAUCAAAUAAACAUAAUGAAUAUAGUAUCGUGCACCACGUGGGUUAAGAGAGGUAUUGCUGCAACUCUUCCUGAAAAGGUUGAACUGACAUCAAAAGAAUUAGAAGAAAUUAUAAAACAAACCCAAUUUGAUUUGCAGAAUGAUGAUUCGGAUAAAGAAGAAGACGAAGAAGACGAAGAAGCUAUUGGAGAUGAAGCUGAUUCGGAGAAAAAUAAAGUUAAAAAGAACUAUGAUGUAAACAAUAGUUCGAUGGAAACCGAUGAAUAUGAUUUUGAUAAAUAUGAUAAAGAGAACGGUGAUAUACAUUGUAAUAUCGGAAAUAUAGUAUCUUUUGGGGAGGACGGUAAAGAUCCUCUUAUAACAUCAGCAGAGAUUGAUGAUGAUUCAGAAAAAGAAGAUGACAUGAUCAAAGGCGAUGAUAAUUUAGUUUUGUUAGGACACGUUGAUGGUGAUGCCAGUAUAUUGGAAAUAUUUGUAUAUAAUGCAGCAGAAGGUUCUUUUUAUUGUCAUCAUGAUAUAUUGUUACCAUCAUUUCCAUUAUGUAUCGAAUGGCUUAAUUUUGAUCCAAGUGAUACAAUGCCAGCCAAUUUAUGUGCAAUCGGAAGUAUGACUCCAAUAAUCGAAGUUUGGGAUCUUGACCUAAUUGAUUGUUUAGAACCAGUUUUUAAACUUGGGCGUAAACCAAGUAAAAAAAAAAAAUUGACCCGUAUCGGUCAUAAAGAUGCAGUAUUAGAUUUGGCAUGGAAUAAAAAUUAUACACAUAUAUUGGCAAGUGGUUCAGUUGAUCAAACUGUUUUAUUGUGGGAUUUAGAAAAUGGCAAACCUGCCACCAAAUUGGAUCCUUUCAAUGAAAAAGUUCAGAGUCUUGAAUGGCAUCCAUUAGAAACUCAUCAUCUCUUAACGGGAUGUGCAGACCAAGUCGCAAGAUUGUUCGAUUGUAAAUUAGAAAGCAAUGUUAAAGAAUGGCAGACACCUGGAGAAGUAGAAAGAGUCUUAUGGAAUCACUUUGAUGCUAAUUAUUUUCUUAUUAGCACAAAUAAUGGUUACCUUGAAUAUUAUGACAUAAGAGAAGAUUCACCAAUUUGGCAAGUCAAGGCUCAUGAAGCAGAAAUUACAGGAUUAUCUUUUAGCUCAUCGUAUCCAGGAUUAUUAGUUACUUCAUCGAAUGAUAGCAUAAUCAAAGUAUGGGAUAUUCUUGAUAGUAAAGAUCCAUGCGUUAUAUGGGAAAAGAAGACUAAUUUAGGUGCAUUGCAAUGUCUUGCAGCAAAUCCAGAUAUUCCACUUGUAUUUGCUGUAGGUGGUGACAACAAAGCUCAUAAUUUUAAAGUUAUAGAUUUGUCUGAAAUAUCAACAGUUAAUGACAGAUUUAAAAAAAGAGAAACUAUACAUAUGGAAAUGAAAGAAAACUCUAAAAAGAGUGAAGACUAUGGCACAAAAGGAGAAAUGAUGGAAGUGGCUGAGGGUAUGGAAUCCAUGGCAUUAAACAUUGUUAAUUCUUCUGGGGUUAAUAAAAAAAAAAAAAAGAAAUAAGAAAUAAUAAAUGUUAUCUAAAUUUUGUGUACGAAAUGUAAAUAAUUUACCUACACUAUACGUUCGAUAUGUACAUAAUAUAAAUAUCGUACAACACACAUUUUUCUUACACGUGAUAAUUCUAUUUUCAUAAUUUAUAGGUAGGGUAUUUAAUGAAAUACAAAUGUCAUUAGAUUUUCGAAGUUUUUAUUCGGUUCCUUUUGCUAUUUACUCUAGUUUAUAAUAUUUCUGUGUGACAAAUUCUAUAUACUUUCUAGCACAAUAAAUUACACAAUACUGAAUAAGGAAGAAAGUUUAUAAUGAUCUUAAUAUACCUGGGAUGGUUGUGUAUAAUAAUUCUUAUUUCUUUUUUUUGCACAUAAUUUAUUUCUUUCCCUGUAGUAAUAUAAUGUUAUCCCCAACAGUAUUUCGUAAGAGUUAAUCAUUCUGUACAACAAUGUGAUUUCAUUCUAUAUUCUUUACAAUUGAUGGAUUCCAAUUUUUUCCCCCUUCUAUAGAUAAUUUAUAUUAAGAAGGCAGUUGAUACAAACUUUGAUUCAUAAUAUUUCAUUAUCAUAAAAAUACAACUUACAAUGAUUUAAUAAUGACUAAGAGUGUUAAUAUUAAUUGUAUGAGAAUAAUUGCCAAAUAUUAUUUAUCGACUAAAAAAACUUGGAAAAAGAGUUUACAAUAAAUGUGAUUAAAAAAUUACUUUUGAAAUGUAUAUUAAAAAAAAAAAAUAAAAAAAAAAAAAAAAAAAAAAAAAAAUUAAAUAUU